AUGAUUUUGCUUUUACUUUUCACAUUACUAGCUACCGUUUUGGCAAUACCCACCAUCAACAAUUCCGAGGAUCACGUACGAAGGUGUUUAGGCUCGACAGCCCAGAAGUAUGACAUAAGUCUCAAGCAGGAAAUAUUUUUAGCAAUCAAGCCCAAGAAUGCACGGGAAUUUGAAUUUGAAGGUAUUGAUACUAGACUAGUUAAAUGCUUAGGUCUCGUCAAUCCUUCUGAUGGAGUCAGUACGAUUAUCACAUACAAUGCCAUUUUCGCACGAGGCAAACAUAAAGUCUCUGAGUCUGCUUUGGAAAAGGCCGUGUUUGAAGUGAUUCCCGAUCUCCAUAAUUAA